UCCGGCCCUGCCUAUCCCCCAUAAUGCAUAAUUCAUGCAGUGGCCAAUGAGAUCACAGUUGCCGCUAGAAUAACCCUGCAUGCAUCGAAAACACAUUUCCAAGGACAUACAAAGGUAAAUUGCCUACGUAAUACUUUUGGACAUCCUCUCCAUCUGUAGGCCUACGUGUUUGCCAGAGGCAAAGGCAGAUGUCCAUGUUCCACUGAUUAAGUCAGGGGAGCCUGUCCAGGCCUCUCAUGGAAGUCAUCUUCAUCCUGUUGAUCCACCUUUUUGAAGGGGAAGCUCACACCAUGAGGGCCCUGGUCGGUGACAACGUCAUUCUGUCGGUCGAUACUCAGACGUCGUCAGACAUCAGCGAGGCUAUAGUGGAGUGGUCCAGGACAGACCUGAAUCCUGAUAUUGUCCAUCUGCAAGAUAACCGUCUGACCAUUUAUGAACAACAGAAUCCGGCAUACAGAGGCAGGACGAUGCUGUCAGCAGAAGAUCUGGACAGAGGUAUCAUCUCCCUCAAACUGUCAAACGUCCGACUGGCCGAUGAGGGGAAAUACAAAUGCCUGUUCAAGUCCAAAGAAAACGAGUACUUCGUCCAGCUUCUUGUAGGUGCAGCCUCCUCCCCAGUCAUAACCCUGGAGGAUUACAGCAGCAGCGGCCUGGUUCUGGGCUGCCGGGCUAAAGGCUGGUACCCACAACCAAAGCUCUCCUGGUGGAACGCUGAUGGACACCUCCUGCCCGCCGUAACCAUGACUACCACCCAGGACCCCGACCGACUCUACAACAUUUCCAGCACCGUGGAGGUGGAGUGGGAGAGCCUGAGCAGACCCUUCACCUGUAGAGUUCACCAGGAGCUCUUCAACCAGACCAGGGAGACGGAGAUACACCUUCCUGAGAACAUCAUUUCUGGUUUGGCCCGGUCUUGUCGAACUAGAGAUGGAUUGAUUGCUGUUGCGGUGGUGCUCUCUUUGGUGACUGUUAUUACCGGUAUUAUCGCCUACAGAACCGUUUAUAGAAAAUCCUAGAACGAGAUGGAAAGAACGGGCCAAAAUGAAGAUUUGAGAUCCUAAGACACCCACAGAAGCAGCCACUGCCCACUAUGUGCCUCUAUCUGCCUGCUACUACUCGCUAUCUGUCUCUUGCUUGCUGCUCAAGCCCACUUUGUGCCUCUAACUAGCUGCUACUGCUCGCUAUGUGCCUCUAAUGGCGUGUUUCCAGCGGUGGAUGCGUUUAGGCCCAGUACGAUUAGGUCCGAUAGUGUAGGUGCGGUUAGGCACAGCCAUGUUGCGGCUCGUGUUUCCUCCGCCGACCGUACACUUUAUGGUAGGGUGGGGUUUAAGCCGGAUGGUGAUAGCCCCUGUAGCUACGUAAGCAUCGUGACUUCACAGAAGCCCGACGCAGUGUUGCCUGCUAAUAAAUCCAAGGAAAAAGAAAAAGGCGACACAAUAAACAAAGAGCAACAAUGUAGGACGUCCAAGAAGGACAGCAAACUUUUGCGUGAAAUUUUCUUCACUCAACAAAGCUUUCACCGUUGCCCAGAAGUACCUUGCGGGUACUGUGUUUGUUUGUUAUUAUCCCUAGGGCUGGGUAUCGUGGCCAAUUUCCUAAAUCGAUUUGAUUUCAUAAGGUUCUGAAUCGAUUAAUCACUAUUCGAUUCGAUUCAAUGUGCUCUUAAAUAAUGAAAAUAGCUCAACUGUGUUACAAAAUACAAUUGUACUUUAUUUUUUCUCUUCAUCUUAAACAACAGGUUUUAAGUGCAAACUUGAAAAUUGGACAUUUUAAACUUGAGCUGUAAACAAAACUGUCUCAAGUCUAAAAAGGGCAAUUUUGGAAUAAGAAAGGAAUUGCAAGUGAAAGGGUACUCGAACAACAUUCCAUCACUGCAAAUUGCAUUAAGGCAAUGUUUAUUAAGGUGUAAAAAUAAUAAUAAUGGUAACAAAAAAACAAAACAAAAAAAUUGAUCUCAUGCCCUAUGAAUCAAUAUUGCAAAAUCUAUUUUUUUACCCAGCCCUAAUUAUUCCCCUGUCGCACGGAAGUGAUGAUUCUGUCGACCAAUUAACGGACGGCGUGUGUAGCUCAAACAUGUUGGCACCCUUUUAGACCGCUUGGUGCCCCAACGGAUGAGUACUGAGAGAUAAGUAGGGCUAAUCGCGGCUAAGUCUGGUCCCCGCACACUUUUGGCCUUGGAAACGCGAACCGUUCCGCACGUAUUCAUACCUAACCGAACCGCACCCACCGGUGGAAACGCGCCCUAACUAGCUUCUACUUCCAUCUAUAGCUGCUUUCACACAUACACGCCCAUUCUCCUGAUGGGCCUUAUGUGUGAACGACAUAUCCUGACAUUGCUAUCCCGAAAAUCUACUGAAAAAAGACUACCCCUGUGCCUGUGGUACUUUAUCCUUAGGUAAUGUAAAUUACCUUAUAUUUGAACGAGGUGUAUAAAGUCUAUUUCUCACACCACUUGAGUGGGCGUGUUCAGAGUCACGUUCAGAGUCAUUCUUGCUAAAAGCUAAAAGAUAAGUCUUAUCAUAACCCUAAAAGUACACAUCAUACAAAAAACUAUAUAACAUGAGUUCACAGCUGCACGCGUAUAUAGAAUAUUUUUUUCGAUUGUUAUUAUUUACAACAAUAGCUGAACAUUAUAGGGUCCCGUCCUUUUACUCCCUGUUUUGUCAGUUAAACACAGAAAUCUACUACAUUUGUCCCUGCAUUCAUUUGCGAUGCCUUUUCUUCGUUGUUUCUUCUAUUUGUGUCUAACUCAUGCUCCAAUCUUUCAUCGAUCGAUGUGGAUGCAACGGAAUACUAUAUGAUGCAUCGGUGCAGCAACAUUUAAGAUGAUCGCAAUGAGUUCUGCCCGUUCUGCCUCCGUGCUGUCUGUGGUCAAAACCAAAACCAACUGGAUUGACAGCGGCCACACUUACCCCGCCUCUUGCAAGCCCAGUUCGCCGAGCUCUGAACCCCUUUUUGAUUCUACUGAUGUUGCAAUAACAUCGAUGUCCGCAUAUCAAGCGUGAAUAAGUGUGAAUCACCCUCAGGCUCAAAUGUCCUGAUUUACAAAUGCGGCGAAAAGGCAGAGGACAUGUGUGAAAACGACUUAUGUGUCUCUAACUGAGCAGGUGCGUCGUUAGACCUGGGCAUUCGAGGCUAUAGCCCCGGAUCUUUUGGGAAUAGCCCCGGAUCGCUGUGCCAUCAAAAGAAAAAAGAAAAUAAAUAAUGAUGAGGAAAAUAGCCUAUCCAGUACUAUCCAGUAUUGGUGUUUUUUUAUGAUAUUCCUGAUGUAAGUCACUUCGGAAAAUGUUCAUCUGUUGCAUAGCCUUGCUGAGCGUUCGCUAGAAUGUUUCCUUGGUGGAGCUGGCAUAUUCCUUAGCAGCUGUAUAUUGCUAGUUUCACCCCAUUCACCUUUACUCUCACCAUGGUUUGUCAGCACUGAAUAAUGUACUCGACGUCUAAUAGUACGUACAACAUGUGGGGCCAGAGCAACAGCAACACAGACUUCACACCAUUGUACACCAAGUGCCCACCUCUCAGGACAUCGUCCGUCAGACUUCUUGCAUUGAAGUUAAAUUGUGUGCCAAUCUCUUGCAGUGUGCUACACAGUCUGCCAGUUUACUUUCACACUUGCAUUUCCUUACAUUAAUGGUCCCGAGUCGAAACGCAUGACUCUAAUUUCGCUCCAUUCGUAUUAUAUUGGAAUAAAUCACUAUAUCCUACUUAACUAUUAACCCUAUACUAAACAAUAUAUAUGAUAUAUCACACAUAUCGCGCUAAUCAGGAUCUUCACACUUAAUCAGAUAGAAGAGGGAAUCAGAUAAAUUGCCUCUCAUAAGGUCUGCGUAUUCCAGAAAGAAAUAGGCUAAUUCAACUUGCUCUGUCAUUGCUCUGUUAGCUCGCCCGACUGCAUGUCAGGCUACCCGGGGUGUACGUAUCACACAAGGGGACGGAGGGGGAGCUGACUAGAGUGAGUGAUGAUUGGAAUAGGUUGUUCUGAGAUCCAGGCUAAAAACGACACCAAGUUCCUACCCUAUGUUACCUGCUCCACCUCACCGGCUAGACCCGACUCAACAGCAGAAUCCUGCUCUAUAAUAUCUCCUCCACCUGUUAGAACCUUUUAGAUGGGGUGACAUUGACUAUUUACGGCCAAUCAAAAGACAAUUAUCCUAAAAUAUAUAUAUUUGUAGUGUACUUUUCUCAUUGUUAAAUAAAUAACAAAAACCUUCCUGGCUCCAAAAGUGGAUCGUUUUAAGGAGCGGUAAUGAACCGGUUGAAUGAAUAAAUAAAAAAGUAAAACAAGGUAAAUAUACAACAUAUAAAAAAAAGAAUGCUUUGUGUGAUGCAUUCUUUCUUUAUAUGUCUGGAGACCAUUAGUAUUCUCUGCUCCAACAACUCAACAUAACAGGUCGAUAUACAGAUACUAACAUAACAGUUUACAUACAUGGUUAUGUUUAACCGAUAUUAACACUACAGUUUACCAUACAUGGUUAUGUUUAACGGGAGGAAUAUUAUGUUUCGUAUGCACAUUGUUGUGUGUGUGUUUGUGUGUGACUUCUAUGCAGCUUUAAUGUCCCUAUAUUAUUUGCCAUUUCUAGCUUUCUAUUUUGUAUGUUUUGACUGAACAGCCCCUUUCUACCCUUGCUUCGAAAAGCCCUUCAUACAUUUCAUCACAUGUACUCACAUGUACUUAAAUUAUCUGCAUUUCAUUCUACCAUGAAUAAAAAAAUAAUUGAUUCUCGGCUGAUGCGUUUUUAUCAUUAUUUAUGAUAAAACUUGUUUUUGCCCACCUUUUCAUGUGUCUCGCUGUACCAAUUUACUACAGGUGGAAAAUAGCAGCAUGCUAAAACCUGCUACAAUGCAUCUCUCCUUGUUUUAAACAAGGUUAAUGUUUCUUUUGUACAUUGUCCCUGUUCAAAUUUAGUCUAGAACGAUUCUCUACAAAGCAACUAUAUAAUUAAUGCGAUGGGUCGUUUGCUGAUCAACGUCGCCCUCUGCUGGCAGUUGUUAAAACACGACCAACCUUUCAUAUCAACAGAUAAAACAGGAUUACGUCACUAGCAUGCUCUCAGUUAAACUGAGCAUUAAAGGCUAUAACGUUAACGAUGUUUAACUAUCAAAUGUUUGGUAACAUGUUAUCAAUCCAAAUUUGUGUAAUAUUUAUCUGCACAUUUAUCUGCACAUUUAUAUCACUUCAAUAUAAAUGUCAUCUUUUCAAUAUUGAUUAUUUCAUUUGCAAUAAAUACCUGCCUGGAUCAAUUUAUGCAUUUAAAGGGUAUAUUUUCCUGUACAUAUAUAGCCCUUCUGUAUUCAAGUGUAAUUCUUUUUGUAUUAAUUGAUAUCUAAAUGUAUUGAGUGAUUUCUAAAUGUAUUUAUUUAUAAUGUAUUGACUGAAUUCUAAAUGUAUUGAUUUAAAUUCUAAUGUAUUAAUUUGUUUCUAAAUUAGUGUUAUGGUAUCUAAUGCGAACCGGGGCUUAACCAGUAACCAUUGGCUUAAAUUCCAGUACGGUAGGGCUGAGCGAACUGGAGCCCCGGGAGGCUGUUGGAACAUGGAAUGCAAUUCAUAUUUAACAUGGGGAGCUAGUGAAACUUUAAGUAUAUUUAUUGUUUUACUUAAAGUAUUAACAAUAUCAUUUUGACUUAAUGUUUUAAAUUUGCCUAAUUAUUUAAUUCAUUAUUCAACAAAAUGCAAGUUCAUGCUUUGUUUUUGUUCAAUAUGCCAUUUCUAUGAGCCUGUAUGAGUUCUACUUACUUUACUUUUUUGUGUGAGCUGCAUGUAGUCUCGCGGUCGGAUCUAUUUAACACUUGGAUCGCCUUGAAACGAGAACAUUCGACAGUUGAUGAACUGCUAGUUUUGAAAAUGUCAAGUCCUCUGCAAAAUCACCUCCAUUAACAUUUCACACCCUGAUCACAUUGUGCUUCUCAAAUGCAUAUUUUGACAAAUAUCCAAUUGCCUGCAAUAUACAGUUUCCAUGAGCGUGUAUGAAUUUUACUUGUUUUGGAUAUUCUGAUUUGGGUGAAAUAUUGCAAAUAUUGUUGAUAGGAUAUCCUAUUCAUAAUAUGUUUGUUUGCAGCUCAAUAAUAGAUAUAUCUCUUAUCUCUAUUUCUUAAGACAACAUUAUAUGUUUAUCUCAUGUGUCCAGCAGUAGUUACCCCAGGCAAAUGGCAAACCGCACCACAGGUACCACAGUGAACUCAAGUGGUUCUUCAACCCCAUGUUUUACACUAAAGAUCCAAACUAAAAGCUAUGGUAAGAAUCAAACACAAUACACAAGUGAUGUAGCAAUUGUUCAAGCAUGUGGACGGACAGAUCUUAUCAUCGUUUAAAAUGGAAGACACAAUUGUUCACAUUUUGUGUCCGCAACAGACUCCAACGAUCUGUUAGAACUAGCAAGACAUAUUUAUGGUUAAGCUACAAAUAACCAAACCAUUCAUCAGAACAUUUCUUCUCAUUAAACAAACGCAAAAAACAUUAUUCCUAAUAACGGCAACAUCACAUAGAACGUAGCAUUCCAUCCUUUUGGAAUACAUAGUUUGCCUCUGUUUGAACAUCAUUUGACAGGUUCUUGCCCCAGGACAAUGUAGAGAGGUGUAUCUGGUAUUCUGAUGGGCGGAUGUCGCUGACUUUCUCCUGAACUGCAUGUAGUCUCGUGGUCUGACCUAUCUUGUGCUGUGUAAAAAUAAAUGAAUCG